GAAAUCUAUUCUGAUUCCAAUCCGCCGAUGCAUCGCCAAUCGAUUCACAAAUAGUAACAUUUUUCCCAUCCAAUGCUAGGUUGGGACAUCAAAGAAAAAAAAGAAGAAAAGCAAUGGUAAUGUUAGGGCAUCCUUUUUUUCAAAGGAUUGUUGAAACUUAUCCAAAGGGAAAGUUAAUCGUCAAACCAAAUCCCAGUAAAACUCCAGGUUAAAAUUAGGGAGAAGACAAGGGGAGCUGGGUGGCCUGGCAUUUUGUUGUCGCCAUCAGUCUGACCACAGGCAGUGGUGCGGUGGCCCCUGCCCUCUUGACGACCAGGACGGCGAAUAGUUGCAUGGAAUUGGAUUACCGGCUUACCGCAGCGUUCACCCCCUUUCCCCUGCCUCUACAACUACUUAUGGCCCCUGCCCUGUCUUGGUUCAUAUGCAGCCUCUGUUCUUAUCCAUAUACAGUCCCCUGUUCUGCUUCUUUUCCUUGUCUCAGUUUUACUUUCUUGGUCCACCCCAGCUCCCAGGAGCCAAAAAGUCGAGGAAAAUAUCCCUUAGCUGGUGCUCCGGAGCCUAUCAAGUUAUUAUAAGUUUUCCUCUGUUUUGGUCGUUUUCCAUUGAGUUUGGAGUAGUUUCUGAUCAGUUCCUCUGGAUUGGUUUACAAAGAAAACACAUCAGAGAUACAAGACAGAAAAUGAGUACAGCCAAGGUGAAGCGUCGUGUGGGCAAGUAUGAGCUUGGGCGGACAAUUGGGGAAGGGACAUUUGCAAAGGUCAGAUUUGCAAGGAACUCUGAAACGGGGGAACCUGUUGCCAUCAAGAUUCUUGAUAAGGAGAAGGUUCUCAAGAACAAAUUGGUUGAGCAGAUUAAGCGGGAAAUCGCCACCAUGAAGUUAAUAAAGCAUCCUAAUGUUGUUCGCCUAUAUGAGGUUAUGGGAAGUAAAACAAAGAUAUUCCUGGUACUUGAAUAUGUUACAGGGGGAGAGCUUUUCGACAAAAUUGUCAACCAUGGGCGAAUGAGGGAGGAUGAAGCACGAAGGUAUUUUCAACAAUUAAUUAAUGCUGUUGAUUAUUGCCAUAGCAGAGGUGUAUACCACCGUGACUUAAAGCCAGAGAAUUUACUACUUGAUGCAUAUGGAAACCUCAAAGUUUCUGAUUUUGGAUUAAGUGCGCUGUCCCAACAAGUCAGGGAUGAUGGCUUGCUUCACACUACUUGUGGAACUCCGAAUUAUGUUGCUCCAGAGGUCCUCAAUGAUAGAGGCUAUGAUGGGGCAACUGCAGACUUAUGGUCAUGUGGAGUCAUUCUUUUUGUGUUGCUAGCAGGGUACUUGCCUUUUGAGGAUUCUAAUCUUAUGACCUUGUAUAAGAAAAUCUCGGCUGCUGAAUUUACAUGCCCAUCUUGGCUUUCCCUUGGUGCCAUGAGACUGUUGACAAUAAUCCUUGAUCCAAACCCGAUGACACGAAUAACUAUCCCCGAGAUAUUGGAGGAUGCAUGGUUCAAGAAAGGCUAUAAGCCACCAGUCUUUGAGGAGAAAUAUUAUGCAAAUCUGGAUGAUGUGGAUGCUGUUUUCAAGGAUUCAGAAGAGCACCAUGUAACGGAGAAGGAAGACCAGCCAGCAGCUAUGAAUGCAUUUGAGCUGAUUUCAAUGUCAAAGGGGCUAAAUCUUGGCAAUUUGUUUGACAUAGAACAGGAAUUCAAGAGAGAAACAAGAUUUACAUCAAAAUGCCCAGCGAAUGAAAUCAUUAGUAAGAUCGAGGAAGCUGCAAAGCCACUGGGCUUUGAUGUUCAGAAGAAAAAUUACAAGAUGAAGCUGCAAAACAUGAAAGCUGGAAGAAAGGGGAACCUCAAUGUUGCUACUGAGGUAUUUCAAGUAGCUCCCUCUUUUCAUAUGGUUGAGGUACGGAAAGCUAAAGGAGAUACUCUAGAGUUCCACAAGUUUUAUAAGACUCUCUCCAACAGCCUGAAGGAUGUUGUUUGGAAAUCUGAAGACGAAAUGCAUGACAAUGCUGCCAAAUGAUGCCUCUUGGAGAUGAGGGUGAGCUCCUUUUUCUUUUCACAAAAGAUAUUAGCUUCUGGUCGCCCAGUUUUUUUCCCCCUGGAGCAAGCUGUCGACCGUGCUGGCUGGUGCGUGAUUCCCUGCUGCAUUUUUUUUCCUCUCUGUUACAAACUGUACCAUUGUAAAUGUUGGGGCAGACUUGUUUGAUUGUUUUAUUUGUUGUUUUUUCUGUAUUAUUGGUGGAGAGAACAAAGCAAGCAUGAGUUUCAUGUACUUUGUAUACUGCUGUUGAUCCUAUAUAAAGAGAGCUCUUUUCGUGCAGUGCUAUAUAAA